CUGAGGUCAGGAGCUGCUGGCAGACUGUCAGUGUUUAAUGAGAACUCAUAUCUGAAGACAGAUUGGCUGCAUCUGGGAUAGAAGUUGGUUCUCAGCAAGUUUAAAAAGGCCACCGAUAUCUUCAGUCAUGGCAUCACUGACAACUUCCAGCCGAAGAUCCUCUUCCUCGUAUCACUCCUCGUCACGUUAUAGCACUUCCAGCUCAUAUCGAUCUGAUGGAUCGCCUAAUGGAUCCUCUGAUUCCCUGGAUGCUCUUUUCGAGCCUUUUAUUCACUCAGCAAAUUGUUCUAGUCUUUUCAGAGAGGAGGGUUCAGCGGGGCCCGACAGUCCGCCCAAAUUCAGCAGGUCAUCCUUUGGGAAUCCAGGUGGCACUGUGACGAACUGGCAGGGAAAUGGGGUGCGAUGUCUCGGUGAUUCCUACUGUAUGGCAGCUGACCUCAGUCAGUUCGAACCACACGACAUCGUGGUGAUGGCCUACAACCACCAUGUCGUCAUUCACGCACAGAAGGUUCUGGAUGACGGGAGCAUCAGUAACACCUUCACCCACAAAUCCCUGUUCCCAGAGGACAUGGAUCCCCUGUCAGUCAGAGGGACCCUGAGCCCUGAAGGGACCCUGUGGGUGACCGUACGACGGACCACAGAGGCGAGUGAACCAGAGCCACUGGGAGUCCCUACCUACAGCAGCGAGGCUCACCUUUGACCUUUGUGUCCUCUUGAUGACGAUCGUAGCUUUCAUUUAGAUGAGUACUGAUUCCAGUGAGUGGAAGUGAUUUUAGUAGCGCUGGCCUUUUUGUUAAUUCUUGUCAUUAAAGAUUAUUACAA